AGCCCCUGUGUCAUAGCACUGUGCACCCUAGCCCCUGUGUCUUAGCACCAGUGCACCUAGCAACUAACACAGCACCCAGUCCGUACUCAAGAAAUGAUUUCCAAAAUAACCUGGACCCUGUGCACCCACAGUCUGAAGCCACACAAAAAUGGUUUCACACUCGUCUCUCUAAUGAAUGGAUCCUGCAUCUACUCCCCGCCCUUUAAGGCAGGUGCAGAAGGCCAUGGUCUGGGUUCCACAGAAUCAGACUCUGCAAGUGUAAGUGGCCAUCUGUGGGGACAUUCGCUGGCCAGUCGGACCCAGUGGUCCUGUUUUACAGGUGGAGCACUAAGGCCAGAGAUGGGGGGGACUUGCUCCUGUCUCGUGGGGAGGGCGGGCAUAGCUGGGGCCAGAUCCAAGGACCUCGGAUCCCAUUUCAGGAUUCUUCCCCUCCACGCCAUGCGUGGGUCCUGGAGGGAGCAGGAGGGAAUGGGGAGUGGGGGGUGAACAGAGGGAUUGGUGGGGCCGGUGGGCACACGUGGGCCCCUCACUCCACCCCAGAGUGGCUCGGGGCCUUAGCUCUGGCAUCCACACCCUUUUGGCUCCACCUGCAGCUCUACUGCCUCCUCAUUAGUUUGUUUUUAAUCAUGUUUGCUGGACAACCUCCAAGUGUCUGAUGACUUUUUCAAAGAGAAAUUCGACUUGGGAGCUGGAGGAGAUGGGAGGGGGCAGGAGAGGGUAAAGGGAAUGAGGCUGGAGUGAGGGUCAGAGUGAGUACACAGCUCCCAACCCAACAGCCAACGUUCUGAGGUCAGUUCCAUGCCUACCCCCUCAGAGCCGACAGAACAUGAAAUGAGGAGACCCGCGACCUGACAAGUCAGGAGAAGGCUUUCCUCCUCCCUGAAUGCGAGGCAGUAAGACCACUGAAUGGCGGUCUUCGGGCUGUCAAAGGCCACGAGAGAGCAAGACGACUGCCUUCCCUCCUCGUUCAUGAAAAAGGGAAAGAAUUCCGUUUCUAUGGCAGCAGGAGGGAGAUGGGCCAGGUUUGAGCAGGCACGUGCUAACAGGGAGACUGGAGCACGGAGAGUCUGGGUUUAUGCAGAGCUCAGCAUGGAGGGAAGUGCCAGGCUCCAGGGAGAAGGUCUGCACCUCCGUGUCCCCCGUGAGGUGGAACUGCUUGGCCCUCUUCACUUCACCCCUCCCUGCUCACUCCUGCACAGCAUCCUCACCCCUCAUCUCUCCAACAUUCCUCUCGAGCAAACCUGAGAUUCUGGCCACUUUCCAACCUGAGCCGUCCUGCCCCUCCCACCAACAGGGAUCUGUCCCGCCUUCUCCUCCGGGAAGCCCUCCCUGAUGACCCUCGCCUAGAAUGAGUUCCGCUCUGACUGUCCUGUGCCAGUGGUGUCAGGCCCAUGUCCAUGACAUGUCUGUUUGGACUCAGCCCUCCAGUGGGGUCUCCAAGGGCAGAGGCUGUCCCCUCCCUUCACACUGGCUCUGCCCCGGCGCCCAGCCCAGACCUGGGCCUGACCUCGUCCCUCCUCCCUCUCUCUGUCUCGGCCUCAUGGCACCUCUAGGGCCUGCACUUCUCACCAGGAUGAACCUACUGGUUUCUUGGCAGCUGACGCUUUUCCUCUGUGCCAUCUCCUUCAGGGACACCUUAGAGAAGGUGGCGCCCGUGGAGAACCCUAGAGCCACAGAAGGCCAGCAGAGGUUCACCUGGCCUCACGCCGUCUCUUUCUGUGGCUUUGUCCUAGGCCAGCAGCUCGACCCCCUGUCUCUGGGGAUCGCCAGGGAGCAGAGCGGGCGGUGCGCAGCCCCUGCGAGCGCAGAGGGGUCCAGGCCAGCCCUGGGCCAGCCGAGCAGCCACCGGAUCCCUCCCCCGCCGCCGGGAAAGGCGCUGGUGCGGCGGGAGAAGGGCCUGUCUGCCUUCAACUGGAACUCCUUCGGCCUGCGCUAUGGCCGGCGGCAGGCAGGCGGGCUGCGCCCCCGGGCGGUGCCCAGGGACCAGGGACGUCCAGCCGCGGACUGACCCGAGCUCUGGGCACGCGGGGCCGGAGCGGGGCCAGGCAAUGGGAGGAGGGUGCCUGGGGCUUCU